UUUAUAAAUUUUCUCGUCAAAAUCUCCAAUGAUUCAAACCAAAUGCUGAGAAAGGAAAAAUCCAACCAAAUAAAAUGGAAAACCAAGAGAAAGAGUAAAGUCAAAUCCACGAUCAGAGUACUUUUCACGCGCCGUCAUUGAUCGGUGAUGAGUUCGUGGAAGAAUCUAGGCAGGCUCGUGAAUGGCCUAUCGCUUGUGGCCAAGGAGAUCUGUAAUCAGUCUCCGGAGUUACAGAGAGCGAGAUACGGAGAUCUCGAAGGCUUAAUCACGUCUUCGGGGAAAAAGGCUUUGGUUGCCGCCACCGACUUGGUCGGCCUCACCUCCGGGAAGCUUCGCGAGCUCUCGAGCCGUCCUCGGUCCAAGGAACCAACCAUCGUAUACUUCGACGAUGGAGACAAUAAAGAUGGCUUGAGCAACGUCGCUGAUUCAUCUGUUGCGCCUGAGAUUGGAUCUGCUAGUGCGAAACCUAGCUCCGUCGCAAGGCAUGGUGUUGAAUCGAAAAUUGUUGAUGAAAUAAUCCUUAGAACCGAAUUUAGCGAUGAAGUUAAGAGUUCAAUUAGAGUAGGCGAGACUAAGGUUUCAGAAGAUGAAGACACUGAGAGUAUUGGAGUUAGGACCGCCGGAUCAGGUGCGGUAGCAUCAUCUCCGGCGGAGGUAGUUCCGGUGAAGAGACGGAGGCCUAGAGAACGGAAGGUUCCAUCAACUCCUAUUGCAAGAGCUUUUGGGUUUUUCAAUCUUGGAGCUGGUCUUGCUUGGGGAGCCGUUAAAGAAUCAACCUAUAGGUUAGUAAAUGGGACACCAACCACACAAGACAAUCAACCUGCGCUCUCGUCAAUACUGUCCAAGGAGAAUGCAGAGAGAUUGGCUCUUGGGCUGUGUGAAAUGCGUGGAGCUGCACUUAAAGUUGGGCAAAUGUUGAGUAUACAGGACGAGAGUCUUGUUCCUGCUCCGAUCUUGAAUGCUCUGGAAUAUGUGCGUCAAGGCGCAGAUGUGAUGCCAAGGAGCCAACUUAAUCCAGUUUUGGAUGCUGAAUUAGGUUCAAAUUGGCAAUCGAAGCUGGCUAGUUUUGAUUAUGAACCGCUAGCAGCAGCGAGUAUUGGUCAGGUGCACCGAGCUGUUACUAAAGAUGGAUUAGAAGUCGCCAUGAAGAUACAGUACCCUGGCGUUGCUAACAGCAUCGAAAGUGAUAUCGAAAAUGUCAGACGCUUAUUAAAUUACACAAAUCUAAUUCCAAAGGGACUCUUUCUAGACAGAGCUGUUAAGGUUGCCAAAGAAGAGUUAGCUCGGGAGUGUGACUAUGAAAUUGAAGCAGUCAGUCAAAAGCACUUUCGUGAGUUGCUUUCAGACACUCCAGGGUUUUACGUUCCGCGUGUGGUAGAUGAAGUUUCAAGCAAAAAAGUUCUAACCACAGAACUUAUUUCUGGGAUCCCCAUCGAUAAAGUGGCAUUGUUAGAUCAGAAAACACGAGAUUAUGUUGGGAGGAAGAUGCUCGAACUCACAUUGAAAGAACUCUUUGUCUUCCGUUUCAUGCAAACGGAUCCAAACUGGGGUAACUUCUUAUACGAUGAAUCCACAAAAACAAUCAAUCUUAUCGAUUUUGGAGCAGCCCGUGACUACCCCAAGAAAUUCGUCGAUGACUAUCUCCGAAUGGUGAUGGCAUGUGCGGAUAAAGACAGCAAAGGAGUGAUUGAAAUGUCGAGGAGACUCGGAUUCUUAACCGGAGAUGAAUCAGACGUAAUGCUUGACGCUCAUGUCCAAGCCGGUUUUAUCGUCGGUCUACCUUUUGCAGAACCGGGUGGCUACGCUUUUCGAACCAACAACAUCACUUCUAGCGUAUCCAAUUUAGGAGCAACCAUGUUGAAGCAUAGACUCACACCACCGCCUGACGAAGCUUAUAGCCUUCACCGUAAACUAUCAGGCGCAUUCUUGGCUUGUAUCAAGCUUGGAGCCACCGUUCGUUGCCGUGAUCUCUUGCUCCAAGUUUACAACGAGUAUCAAUUCGAUGAUGAGCCACAAGAUCCAGCGGUCGCUACAAGUUCCGUUUCUUCAUAGCGAUUCUCACACAACACAAACUAUAUUUAGCGAUUCUUUUUAUCUCCAUGGUAGGAGUUAAAACGAUUCUUGUUUUGGUACACAAUUGAGUUAAUUUAGAAUAAAUUCUUGAUAUCUUGUAUUAAUGUAAACAUGCUAAAUAUUACAGUAAUGCUGGAGGAAUCAAUCAACAAACUUUAAUA